AUGGCAUGUGUCUUGUUGCUAAAAGCUGUGAAGCACACACAAGUCCUUGCACCAGUCCGUGGGAAAAGCGUCAUGGAGGUCUGCAUAUUCUUCCUUUAUGCUAUGAUACUUCUCCCAGGUAUUGCUGCCAGCGUGCAUCAGGUGAAGUCAUUUCUCAAUCACACUGCAUACCUAUCCUGCUAUUUUCCAAACUCUCAAAAAACUGACAUAAAGGACUUAAGAGUUUUUUGGCAAAAAGGCGCUGUUGAAGUGGUGCACGAAGUAUACUACGGCCAAGAAAAACAUGAUAACCUUAGUCCUAAAUAUAUAAAUCGCACCAAGAUGGAUAUGGACAAAUGGACCUUGCAAUUGUUAAAUGCAGGAAUUGUGGAUGAGGGACAGUAUAUGUGUAUUAUACAGCACAGAGAUAAAGGAUUGCCAAAGGUCAUACACACAUCUGAGUGCUUACUGCACAUCAUUGCCAACUAUAGUCAACCUGAGAUAGUCUGGCUGCAGACUGGGGAACUAAAGCCCAACGAAUACUUGAAUCUUUCCUGUUCUUCCAGCGGAGGUUAUCCAGAGCCCAAGCAGAUGACUUGGCAAAUUUCAGACAAAACCGGAACAUACGGGCUUCUGCGCCACAUGGAUGUCUCACAGGAUGCUGUUACAAAGCUGUACAAUGUUUCUAGCAAGCUGAACAUCACAGUUCCUACAAACACCCUCACUAAUAUUAGCUGCUUACUUCACCUUGGAGAACAGCUGGGGAGCCUUGUCUCAGUGCCACUAGGCAUAGAGAUACAGCGGGAAGAAAUGGAGCAAGUGAAGAUAAAUUUCUUUGGCCCACUUAUAGCUGUGAUUAUACUGAUAACACUUCUUCUGGGUUUUGUGAUAUUGAAGAACAGAAAUAUCUCAUCUACCAACCACAAUUUGGCUCCUAAAAUCAUUGAACUGUAUAAACCUUUCUUGUUCAUCACCAUUUAUAAGAAAGGUGGAGCAGGGGGAGGGAUGAGAUGA